AUGGCGGAUAACACUGAACCUACCCCCGCAGAAGUGGUAGCGGCCCGCGCGAAGGAAGCUGAGGAGCAAGCCGCUCUGCCCUACAAGUGGACCCAAGCAAUCGGCGACCUCGACGUAAUCAUCGAACUCCCUGGAAAUAUCAAAGGCAAAGAUCUGAACGUCGAUAUCAAGAAGAAGAAGCUCUUCCUCGCUGUAAAGGGCCAGGAGCCCAUUAUUAGCGGCGAUUUACCCCACGAGAUUCACGUCGACGAAUCAACAUGGACCAUCACGAGCUCUCCCUCGGGUACCAAGAUCCUCGAAUUACACCUAGAUAAAGCCAAUAAGAUGGAAUGGUGGGCGCACGUUGUUACUUCCGCACCGAAGAUCGAUGUGACGAAGAUCUCGCCUGAGAGUAGCAAGCUAGGGGAUUUGGAUGGCGAGACUAGAGGGAUGGUCGAGAAGAUGAUGUUUGAUCAGCGGCAGAAGGAGUUGGGGAAGCCAACUAGCGAUGAGCAGAAGAAGCUAGAUAUGUUGGAAACGUUCAAGGCGCAGCACCCGGAGAUGGAUUUCAGCAACGUCAAAAUGAGCUGA